AUGGAGCGCUGGCCUUGGCCGUCGGGCGGCGCCUGGCUGCUGGUGGCCGCCCGGGCGCUGCUGCAGCUGCUGCGCGCAGACCUGCGUCUGGGCCGCCCGCUGCUGGCUGCGCUGGCGCUGCUGGCCGCGCUCGACUGGUUGUGCCAGCGCCUGCUGCCCCCGCUGGCCGCACUCGCCGUGCUGGCCACCGCCGGCUGGAUCGCGUUGUCCCGCCUGGCGCGCCCGCAGCGCCUGCCCGUGGCCACUCGCGUGGUGCUCAUCACCGGAUGUGACUCUGGUUUUGGCAAGGAAACAGCCAAGAAACUGGACGCCAUGGGCUUUAUGGUGCUGGCCACUGUGUUGGAGUUGAAUGGCCCUGGUGCCCUAGAGCUGCGUGCCUGCUGUUCCCCUCGCCUAAGACUACUGCAGAUGGACCUGACCAAGCCAGCCGACAUUAGCCAGGUGCUGGAGUUCACCAAGGCCCACACUACCAGCACUGGCCUGUGGGGUCUAGUCAACAACGCAGGCUUCAACGAUGUAGUGGCUGACGUGGAGCUGUCUCCGGUGGCCACAUUCCGCAACUGCAUGGAGGUGAACUUCUUUGGCGCACUCCAGCUGACCAAAGGUCUCCUGCCACUGCUGCGCCACUCAAGGGGUCGCAUUGUGACUGUGGGGAGCCCAGCAGGAGACAUGCCAUAUCCAUGCUUGGCGGCCUAUGGGACCUCCAAAGCAGCCAUAGCUUUGCUCAUGGACACAUUCAGCUGUGAACUCCUUCCCUGGGGGGUCAAGGUCAGCAUCAUCCAACCUGCCUGCUUCAAGACAGAUUCAGUGACAAAUGUGGGCCAGUGGGAGAAGCGCAAACAAUUGCUGCUGGCCAACCUGCCCCAAGAGCUGCUGCAGGCCUACGGCGAGGAUUACAUUGAACACUUGCAUGGGCAGUUCCUGCACUCGCUGAGCCUGGCCCUGCCUGACCUCAGCCCAGUUGUAGAUGCCAUCACUGACGCGCUGCUGGCAGCUCGGCCACGCCGCCGCUAUUACCCAGGUCAUGGCCUGGGGCUCAUGUACUUCAUCCACUACUACCUGCCUGAGGGCCUGCGGCGCCGCUUCCUGCAGACCUUCUUCAUCAGUCACUGUCUGCCUCAAGCACUGCGGCCUGGCCAGCCUGCCCCUACCCCCAUCCAGGAUGCAGUCCAGGACCCAAACCCAAACCUGGGCCCUUCCCCAGUGGCUGGUCAGUGAGCCAUGUGCACAUGUGGCUCCAUGAGCCCUUGGUCCUCCCCUGGGCAUUAUGACCCCCCAAGCCUGUCCUAGAGCCUGGCCCAAAGAACCCCAGCUCCCCACUGCCAAUGCC